CCUGACCUUCGUAGGCGUGUGUUUCGAUAGCGUAGUCGAUGGAUGACUGUGAGCUGGACUUGUUACUUAAAGAGCUGGAAGCUGAUUAUACUGACGCUUUGCAGUAUGUAGAUCGUGAGCUAGAAAAGAAGACCACUACAUUUGUUGUCGAUGACUAUGAACGCUUACAAAAAAUUGGCCAAGGCACAUUUGGUGAAGUCUUCAAAGUUCGGCACAAGUUGACUAAGGAGCAUUUUGCUCUAAAGCGCCUUAAAACUGAGCAAGAAACUGAGGGCUUCCCUGUCACUGCACUUCGGGAAAUCCGUAUUCUCAGCUCUUUAUCUCACGAGAACAUCGUUUCCUUACGUGGUGUCUGUCAUAAAAAAGCUGCGCGUUCGAGUAGAUAUCGUUACGAAUUCUACCUCCUCUUUGAUAUAUGCGAACAUGAUUUGGCAGGUCUACUUACCCAGAAAGUUGAUUUCUCUCUCGGCGUCAAGAAAAAUAUCAUGAAACAGCUAUUCACUGGCUUGUAUUUUCUUCAUAAGAAUAAUGUGUUACAUCGUGAUCUGAAGACUUCUAACAUACUCAUUGAUCGCAAAGGUAUCCUCAAGAUCGCCGACUUCGGUCUAGCACGACUGACUGUCACUCCGGUUCGACCUGAACGCUCUUCCCGCUACACGGGUCACGUUGUGACACUGUGGUAUCGUCCACCCGAAAUUUUACUGAAUGACCGGUUCUACGGCCAACCAGUAGAUUUAUGGGGGGCUGGUUGCAUAAUGGCUGAGUUAUGGACCAGAUAUCCCAUCAUGCAGGGUGAUAACGAGCUGGCACAGUUGAACUUUAUCAUUCAACUAUGUGGUUCAAUCACCCCAGACGUUUGGCCGAAUGUUAAAAAUCUGGAGGCUUAUCAAAAAGCCAAGCUUCCAAAGGAUGUGAAACGCCACCUGAAGGAAAAGCUGGCGCCACAGAUUGAAUGUCCUUCCGCCGUGGAUUUGAUCGACAAACUCAUCGUGCUCGACCCUUUGAGGCGGCUGAACGCAGACCAAGCGUUAUCUCACAACUUUUUUCUUGAGGACCCUCCCCCAUCUGAUCUAAGCUUCUUGUCAAGAAGCGGCAAUUGUUAUCUAGAGUACCCAGGUCAAGUGAAUCGUAAUCGCCAGCUCCCAGGGAACUAUUAUCGAGGUGCCCCACCGAAUCCAAAUUUCGGACCGCGUUGCCCUCCAGGUGCUAUCGGGAUUUCGGCCAACUUGGCUGUGCCACAGGCCGCAGGUGGCCCGUACCGCUAUCGUGGAUUACCUCCAGAUCCAGACACAUCAAAUAUAAGUGACCGUAUUUACUGACUCUUUAGAGUCCUGAUAGCUGUUGCAGCAUUUCCUUCUUUUUUACUGUCCCGUCUCUUUUCGAAUGUACAUCCCUUCCUUUCCGGGCAUCUAGCCCCUUGAAUGAAUAGCGACUUGUGAUCUUCCCAGAGUAUUGCUUUCUGCAUAUUUGUUUGGGUUACCAAUCCCAUCCUUUACCUGAUCGUUGUUUAUCGUAAUCAUCUUUUUCUGAUUUUUCCCACCCCGACAUCCUUACUCCUGUAUCAUCCGAUCCCAUUUUAUCGAUAUUCCGUUGCCAAUUGUCUAUCUCGAUUCCCAACGCUUACCAGCUUCCGAUUCCCCACUUCCUCCAUUUCACUGACUUCUUUCUUGUAAAUUGUCCCUUGCGGUUCGCCAACAACGGUUGUCUUCCACUCUUUAAGUGUGCGUGUGCAUGUAUGUGUAUAUAGUCGUGGUGUGCAAUUUGUGUGCAAAUACACGUCAACCGUCCUC